CAAUCUGUAAUUCGUAUCUGAUAUCUGCAGGGUGUCCACAAGUCCAGAACGUAAGAGAGCUUCCUCUCCAGCACCACCGGCCAGUCCACCACACCGUCUGCUUCCUCCUUCCUCUCCCUGCGUAGAUAGAAGAGGUGACCGGACAUGCGCACGGCUCUGAAAGUCUGAGGUCUCUGACGAUAGCUCGCGCGCCCUGGGCUUUGGAUUAGCCUCGUAGCCUAUUCAGAUCUCCAGCAUGGAGCAGCAGGAGGCAGGAGGAGGAGGUGACCUGCAGCAGCAGGUGAUCAGUGGGAAGGAGGAGGGGCUGGUGCUUGCCACCUGGGACUGCGGGAGCCCGCUGUACGACUCCUUCGAGCUCGCGUCGGUGCACCGCGUCCUGGAGAGCCACCUCAUGGUCCUCCCGUUCCCCGGGGACGACGCGGCGUCGCGGUCCCGCCGUCUCGAGCGUCGGGGCGGCAGCGGCACGGCGCCGCCGCCGCCUCACGAGACCAGUAACCGCAGCGCGGUGAGGAGGUGGCGGAAGGUGGGGCGGUGGAGGGGGAACAAGGCCGCGGCGGCAGUAUUCAGAGCUGUUACGUGUUGGGGGAAGUUGUAGGGUGAGCGGCGAUUCUGUAUAGGAUGAAUACAUCAUGUUUCCUGAAAACUACUGAUUGUUGUCUGAAUUUGAAUCGGCUAUUGCUUUUUGUUA